AUGCACUUCUCUCGUAUCAUCGCGACAUUCUUCGUCGUCGUCACUUUCGGCGCGUUCGUGCUCUCCUCCCCUGCCGUCGACAAAGGGUCGGACACGUCGGAGAUCGAGACCACCUUGAAGAAUCUCAAGAACAACAUUGCCCCGACCUUGUCGGCCAUCAAGGCGACGCACGCGCAUGAUAUCGCGUCCGCUGCUACCGUCGGGCCCCUCAUCGCCGACCUCGUCUCGGAGAUUGAGAAGGCCACCUCUUCGCUUGGAACCGUGACCGAGGAACGCUCUCAAGUUGCAGCGAAACGACAGAUAUCUGACGCGGAACUUGCCGCUCUUGUUUCCGAUAUCAUCAAGGCGAGCCCCAAUACAGGGUUCAUCUCGAAUUUGUUUGCUCAGGCUGGUUUAGGCAGUUGUGGGUGUAUUGGAGGGUAUUGCAUCAGCGCCCGGAAUCGCUGCGGACUUGACACGUCCCUUGCUGAAUUCCUAGCUGGUCUCGAGACAGUCGUUGCCGGAGUCGUUGCACUCGCUGCUACAAUCCUCACUGUUGCCUCCGACAUCUUCACGGACCUAUCCUUGGACCUGACUGCUGCCGCGCUCGGGUUGUGA